UGUCAAAGUCAAUGUCAAUGACGACUGAUCUUUGUUGACAAAAAUAGUUUAGCUUACAAUUUUCCGGUCGAAGAAUGGUUUCGAUUUUAAAAUCUCUUAUAAAAUAAUUUUGUCCGAAAAUGGAGGAUAUUGAAUGGACCGUCGUGAAUGAAGGACAACUUUUAGACGCGAUGGUGGGGCACAAGCCUGUAGGUAUCAACAAAUAUUUCCAAAUGGCCCUAAUAUGCGACAAGUUCGCCAACAACCUUUGCAAAGAUGUUGAUCCAGAAAAAAUCUGGGAGCAUUUACAAACAAUGUACAACCUAGAGGCUCUGGAUGAGAAUGAAUCAAUACCCUUUCCAAACCAUGAAAAAGAAUUUUCACUUCCAGAUUCUGAAUUUGGAGAGUUAUUGAAAAAAGUCGUUGAGGAAACUUUUGUAGAACCUUCUAAAGGAGGCAAAGAACUAAAAAAUGAGGAUGUCAAGUCCCCAAAUAAACCUAUCAAGGAGGCAACUCCUAGAAGGGAUAGUAAGGAGGGAAAAGAUAAUACUAAAGCUACUCCUGCCAAAAAAGAAGUUAAGAAAGAGCCUGAGAAGAGUGUGAAGCAGGGUGCAAAGGGGCGCAGUGCCACACCAAAGGAAGAUAAAAAAUUCAAAGGAGAUGACACACCCAAACCUGCCAAGAGAACUAGGGGCAGCCUAAAAACUAGUAAUGACGAUUCAGGAUCAAGUGGGAAAUCUAGUCCUGUGACUGUGACACCUACAGGAGGGAAAAGAAGACGAAUAUAAGUAAUGACAACAUUCCAUUUGUUUGUCUUAAAAUAAAUAGUUUAGGGGCCAACAAAAGUAUACAGGUAAUAAGAAAGAAAUACAGGGUAGUAUUUCAUGUUGUUUGAUUGUCAAGAAAACUAUAUUGUAAGUGAUAAAAUCCCCUAAUUGUUUAAACUCUGUUUUAUAUGAUUUCUGAUUAUUUCUAGUAGUUGUUGUUAGCUACUAUAGCAAAAUAUUGAUUUGUUUAUUUGGAAGAUUUUUUGUAUAAAAUUAAACUUAAGUUAAUUAUG